AUGGAAUUGCCAAAAUUGAGUGUCGUUGAUUAUGUUGUGUUAGCAUUGUUACUGCUCUCAUCGGCUGUCAUUGGUGUUUUUUUUGGCUUUUUCAAAUCGAAGAAGACUUCGGCUAAAGAAUUUCUUCUGGCGAGUGGUACUAUGGGUGUGAUACCCACGGCGUUGAGUCUAACUGUUUCCUUUUUGUCUGCCAUUACUUUGCUGGGUACUCCCAGUGAAAUGUACAUGUACGGAACAAUGUAUUUGUAUCGAGGUGUCUCAUGGGCGCUCGGAUGUGUAAUAUCGGCUAUAGUGUUCAUGCCUAGAUUUCGACAGCUGGGCUUGACGAGUAUCUAUGAAUAUUUAGAGAAACGCUUCGACAAGAAAGUUCGCUUAACUGCUUCGAUCACCUUCAUGACAUAUCAGCUCAUCUACAUGGCUAUUGUGCUCUACGCACCAGCUCUAGCACUCAGUCAAACAACUGGAUUGAACAUUUGGGUGUCGGUCGUCUCAAUUGGUGUCAUUUGCACCUUCUACUCAUCUGUGGGUGGUUUGAAAGCUGUCAUUUGGACAGAUGUUCUGCAAUCAGUGGUCAUGCUUGGUGGUCUUCUACCAGCCAUCAUUCAAGGUCUAAUCCUGGUUGGUGGCUUCAAGCGAGUAUUUACCAUUGCUGACAAGGGGGGUCGUAUUGAGUUUGACAAUGUGAGCUUCGAUCCUCGCACUCGUCAUACAAUUUGGGGAGUGGUGAUCGGCAGCACAUUUAAUGCUUUAGCUGACUACGUAGCAAAAUGCACGCACCUCAAUUCAACCAGUCUUGCAGUAGUGAGCACAACGACGAAUGUUCUCCCGAUCAAACGCGAUCCUCUACUUGGUCUUUACUCCCAUCGAUAUGAAAAUCGAUGA